UCCAAUGUCACUUUUACUUUCAGCGCCAAGAAAUUUUAUCAAACAAAAUAUAACCCUAUCUUUUAUCAUUUUUUACCUUUAUAAUGGAAACUCCACCAAAUAUCAGUCAAGGCAAUGUUGAAUAUAAAAGUUCACAAGAUCGUAUUCGAGAGUUUGUUGGAAAAGUGAAAAUUAUAUUAGUCGAUUCACCAAAAGGAAUAUAUCUGCUUAAAAGAUGGACCGCAGCCUUUAUUGCGCUAUCACAAAUGUUUAUUGGAGUAAAUAAUGUGAUGAUAUUGUUCUAUGCAUUGAGUUUUAAAUCAAACAUAUUAACUACGUUGCAUAUAUUUUUAUGCAUGGUUGGGUUCCAACUAUGUAUUCCAAUUGCGAUGUUAAGUCUAAAUAACUACAAUGGAUCAACACUUACGAUGAACAGAGGCGAUAGAAAAUUUGAACAUGUAUUUUUGGGAGCAUUCGGUAUUUUCUGUAUUAUAUUUGGGACUAUAACAGUGCUCGCGGAUAGAGGCGCAGAAACGACUACACAUGCUACGUUUGGGCACGCUGCCGCUUUUUUAAUUUUGCUGAGCUGUAUGACAGGAUUGUGUUCUAAUGGUCAAGGACUUUUUGUCAUCGUUAUAAAGUAUGUUCAUAUUCUUACUGGAAUAUUUGGUUUUAUAGCUUCGUCUCUAUGUUUUACAUCCGGUUUGUACAGACGUUGCAUUGAAGAUUGGGUUCCUGGUACGAGUGUAAUUUCUUUUUUAGUAACAUUCUGUUGUGUUUACACUGCUGUUAUAAGUUUGGUUUCUUUUAGAAGUUUGUUUAAAUAUUAGGCUUUUUGUCUAUUGAUAUAAAUUAUUGGACGAUUUCUAAUGUGUUUUUGUUUUAAAAUCAGC